CACCAUUACUCUGGAGCUUGGGAAAGAUUUCCACUCCAACUGUUGCAUGCAAUCACAAGAGGGGACAGAGCUCAGCCAGAGGACAGGAGAAGUAUGGUUAGAAUUGUUGUGGAGGCCAUGCAAGUUCACUGCAGAAACCCUAAACGUGCAUCUUGUGAAGAGGUUGCUAAGAUCAUUGUAAACAGAUCCCCUCAAACAUUUGCAGAUUUUACUGAAAAGGGAGAAAGACUGGGUUGAUGACAUUAUCCACUACUAAGAAGCAUCAAAUCUAGAGUUGAAAAUGUUAAUCGAGAUAAUACAACACAUAGAUUUAGUGAAACAAAGAGAAGCAGGAAUGAGGAAGACUGCAGUCCCAACAGUAAUGCAACCUCACCUAAAAAAGUUAGAUGCCUUGUUGAUAGCUACGCUUGUAUAAAUUGGCAGCCAGUUGAACUUCCUGAGGGGGAAACGCCAGCUUCUUUAGAGGAAAAGAAACACAUCCUGUUAACAAUUUUUAAUUCACAAGGACCUGGAGCUGUGGAGAGACCUGAUGUGGAUGACUUCAUGUGCCUCACAUAUAUUUCUCAGCGCCAGCUUAUCAACAGUUGUCCCUCACUUUCAGUAGCUGAAAUUCAAGAGCAGUGGCCAUUCUUGUUUACUCGGAAAGGUCUUUCAAACCACUUUCACAAACUCACAGGUAUUGAUAUCAGUGAGCGCUUAAGUCAGGCCCUCAUAACCAAAGGCAGAAGGAUUGUUAAUUAUUUCUCCAGCCAGAAGCUCAAAUGGAACCUUGGUAUAAGGACACUCAUCCAGCAGAUAGAAAGUGAGGGAGUUUUGACCAACAACAAGGUUGGCACAGCAGCCAUACUUCUCAUGAUGAAGUAUUACAAGGAAGAUGAAGACUCCCUCUUUGUCUUAGCAGAUGAAAUAUCUACCAGGAUGUCCCUUGAAGCAGAGAGCAACCUGCCAAUCACCCCAAGGCUGAUUAUGCUUGAUGAUCCAUGGCCCAUGCUUUCUGGACAUUUACACAAGACGAACAACAAUGAAGACAAGCUCUCUUGCCAUCUUGCAAGACGCUGUCUCUGUCCAAUAGGUUCUUUGAGUGCAACAGUUUUGAUUUUUUUUCCUUCUUUUACCCGUUUGUUAAAAAUUAUUGCAGCUACUUACACUUUAAUUGUCACAUGUAUUGGCUCACCCUACAAAUCAAUGAACUCAGUCCACAAAGAACACGGUAUCCUCUAG